UUCUAUUUAUAUCGUUUAGGAAUUAGACUUUGAACUUUGAUUUUCUGUCUGUGUGCACAAUCGUAUAGAUGGCUGCCUCAAAUGUUAUACUGUGUGGGAUCUGUGAUACUCAACAUGUUUCAAACGUUGCCAAUUACUGGUGUCCUGAAUGUGACGAAGGCCUGUGUUCGCCAUGUAAAAAAUACCACAGCGUAUCAAAGGCUUCCAGACAACAUGGGAUCAUUUCUAUUGACGACUACAAGAAACUUCCGGCUGAGAUUUGUAAAAUUGAACAGAACUGUACAAAUCACGACAAGAAAUUCCAAAUGUUUUGUCCACGUCAUGAUCAACUUUGUUGUAUAAUGUGCAUAUCUGAAAACCACAAAGAAUGCACCGGAAUGUUUCUAAUUGACGACGUCAUUAAGUCUUCAAGAUCUUCCACUUUGUUUGACAGUUUGGAGAAGUCUCUAAAAGAUAUUCAGGAAAACAUUAAAAGAGUAGUAAAGACCCGGAAAGCCAAUAUUGAUGAAAUAAAACAACAGCAUUUGCAAAGUUUAAAUGAUAUAAAAGAAACAAGAACAAAGGUAAAUUACCGCUUAGAUGAAUUAGAGAAAAACAUAAUAGACGAUUUGAAUACAACUGAAACACAACUGAAACUUAAAAUUGAAAGCCUCCUUGAUAAGUUAUCCCAAAAAAUGACAACAAUUGAGCUUUUGAAGACAAACCUUAUGUCCGUCAAACAACAUGGAUCCGAUCUGCAGGCUUUCAUUGGCAGUAAAAUGUUAGAAAAGGACGUCACUGGUGAGUUAAAAUGCAUACAAAACCUAUCGGAAGAUGAUGGAUUUAGCCAAUUAAGUUUCAAAUGUCAGAUAGACCAUAAGAUUUUAGACAUACUAUCAAAAAUUACUGCUUUUGGAUCAAUACAAAUUGAAAAAAAUAAAUCGUUAAUUGUCAUUGGCGUCGGUCAUGAGAAACAGGCUCAGAUUUUUACGGCUAUUCAAUCCCGUAGUAGAUCCAUUGAUGAUGUUACUGCUUUAAUGAUAAGAGAUGUCAAGGUUCCAGCAGGACAAUCCAAAAUGUGUAUAACAGGAUCAUCAGUCUUUCCUGAUGGAAGGAUGAUAUUUGCGGACUGUUAUUUUAAUAAGAAAUUAGUUAUCAUACAAAGUGAUGGCAGUUUAGAUUCUGAAAUACCUCUCUCGCCUUUUUGUCCAUUUGAUGUUACAUGUAUUGAUAACAAAACGAUAGCUGUUACAAUUUUUUACGGCAAUAAAAUACAAAUUAUAGACACGAAAACCAAACAAGUUACCAAAACAAUCAACACAGGCUGUAGUCGAGGUAUUACAUACAGACAAGGACAGAUUAUAUUCUGUGCACAAGGGAAAGGAAUCGUAGGGAUACAAAUGUCUAACUAUAAAGUAUGUACACUAGUGAAAGAUAACACCAUAUCGAACGAUUCUAGUUUCAUAACAACAUCAGGAGAGAACAUUUACUAUACUGAUUAUGGUUCUACAGUCAAAUGCUACAAUGUAAAGGGAGACAAUUGUUGGGAAUACAAGAACGAAUCAAUUCUGAGUGGUCUACGUGGAAUAGCUGUUGAUCAACACGGCAUCGUAUACGUGAUUUCGAAUAAAAACAAAUGUGUCGUGCUGAUAUCGGCAGAUGGUGAAAACAGCAGAACAUUACUCACUGCGAAAGAUGGAAUUCAGGAUUCAUAUGGAAUUCGUUUGUAUGCUAACAAACUGAAUAUUGUUAGUUUCACUGGACAAGUCCUUCAAUUCAAUAUUGCAUAAUGUGUGUCCAUCAGCUAAUUUAGUGGUAUAAAUUAUCUUCUUUAAGGAACAGAAAUAAUUACUGUUUUAAUGUGGACCAUAGACAUAAAAAAAAAUCUUCUUUUGCUUGAAAUCUGAUAAUGGUAUUUGCAUCUGAUGACCAGUGAUGUUGACUCAAAUGAUAUGUCUGGCCCUACAAAGUAUUACUUUUUUAGCUCACCUGGCCCGUAGGGCCAAGUGAGCUUUUCUCAUCACUUGGCGUCCGUCGUCCGUCGUCCGUCGUCGUUAACUUUUACAAAAAUCUUCUCCUCUGAAACUACUGGGCCAAAUCAAACCACACUUGGCCACAAUCAUCAUUGGGGUAUCUAGUUUAACAAAUGUGUGGCGUGACCCGGUCAUCCAACCAAGAUGGCCGCCACGGCUAAAAAUAGAACAUAGGGGUAAAAUGCAGUUUUUGGCUUAUAACUCAAAAACCAAAGCAUUCAGAGGAAAUCUGACAUGGGGUAAAAAUGUUUAUCAGGUCAAUAUCUAUCUGCCCUGAAAUUUUCAGAUGAAUCGGUUAACCUGUUGUUGGGUUGCUGCCCCUGAAUUGGUAAUUUUGAGGAAAUUUUGCUGUUUUUGGUUAUUAUUUUGAAUAUUAUUAUAGAUAGAGAUAAACUGUAAACAGUGAUAAUGUUCAGCAAAGUAAGAUCUACAAUUAAGUCAUCAUGACCGAAAUGGUCAGUUGACCCCUUUAGGAGUUAUUGCCCUUUAUAGUCAAUUUUUAACCAUUUUUCAUAAAUCUAAGUUAUCUUUUACAAAAAUCUUUUCCUCUGAAACUAUUGGGCCAAAUUAAUCCAAACUUGGCCACAAUCAUCUUUGGGGUAUCUAGUUUAAAAAAUGUGUGGCGUGACCCGGUCAACCAACCAAGAUGGCCGCCACGGCUAAAAAUAGAACAUAGGGGUAAAAUGCAGUUUUUGGCUUAUAACUCAAAAACCAAAGCAUUUUGAGGAAAUUUGACAUGGGGAUAAAAAUGUUUAUCAGGUCAAUAUCUAUCUGCCCUGAAAUUUUUAGAUGAAUUGGACAAUCGGUUGUUGGCUUGCUGCCCUCCAAUUGGUAAUUUUUAAAGAAAUUUUGCCGUUUUUGGUUAUUAUCUUGAAUACUAUUAUAGAUAGAAAUAAACUGUAAACAGCAAUAAUGUUCAGCAAAGUAAGAUCUACAAAUAAGUCAACAUGACCUAAAUGGUCAAUUGACCCCUUAAGGAGUUAUUGCCCUUUAUAGUCAAUUUUUAACAAUUUUCAUUAACUCGGUAGAUUUAUGUAAAUUUUUACCAAAUAUUUUUCUCUGUUACUAAUGGGCAAGGUUCAUUAUAGAUAUAAUUGUAAGAAGCAAGAACGUUCAGUAAAGUCAGAACUUCAAACACAUCACCAUCACCAAAAUACAAUUUUGUCAUGAAUCCAUUUGUGUCCAUUGUUUAAUAUGCACAUAGACCAAGGUGAGCGACACAGGCUCUUUAGAGCCUUUAGUUUCGGUUUUGAUGUCAUUUACUCACAAAGCUUUUCGUUUUAUUGUGCAAUGAUGGAAUUUGAAUUUUCUUGUUAUUCUUAUUUGAUUUGCCUAUGAAAAAAUUGGUACUACCCCUGC